CCUCUGUUUGAUUAGCCUACGAACAUCCCAGAUGUUGAGAGACAUCGGGGUAAGGGUUGCUAGUCAGUAGUGUCCGUUGGGGACGCCCCACCCCGCUUUGCCAGCCGCGGCUCGUUCACGACGCGUUCUGGAACGGCAAUGUUGACGUGCUUUGUUUCUCGACGUCCAAAAACAACCUUUCAAAUUCAUCGCCAGUCUUUCAUAACAGGCUGAAGAGCCUGGGGCUUCAGGGUUAACGCUUCAACGCCCGUUGAGCACACGACUCCACCAUGGCGCAUUUGUACGACUUUAAAAGACUGGGCUUCAUCGGCCUUGGUGCCAUGGGAAAACCGAUGCUCUCACAUCUCGCCAACAAACUGCCUCAGGAUUCACGCAUUUGGGUCUACGAUGUAGUCGAACAGAUGGUAGACGAUGCAUGUGCAGAGUUUCCGGAUCGAGUGUUGAAAGCAAAAAGCGCCAAAGACGUUGCGGAGCAAGUUGACACAAUCUUAAGCAUGGUUCCCGAAGGUUCACAUGUACGAUCCGUGUAUCUCCACCCCGGGAAUGGUGUCUGUAGUACCGAUAUCUCCGGCAAGCUGCUCGUCGACUGCUCCACCAUAGACACAGCAACAAGCCUCGCCGUGAAGGAUCACAUUGCGAAGACGUUUCCCUCGGCUUCUUUCUACGACUCCCCAGUCAGUGGCGGCGUAGUAGGAGCCAUCAAAGGCACAAUCGCAUUCUUUCUAGGCUGUGCAGAGUCAGAUCCAAAUAUCGAGCGUCUUACAUAUCUGAUGGGUCUGAUGGGCGGGCAAGUAAUACCCUGUGGGGGACCGUCACUAGGGCUUGCGGCAAAGUUGUCGAACAAUUACCUCUCGGGCAUAAUCGCCAUAGCUUGCUCAGAAGCGUUCGAUAUGGGUAUGCGUAGUGGACUGGACCCUCGGACGUUGGCCAAAGUAUACGCUGCGGGUACUGCUCAGAACAGUAUCUGCGACAAGUUCUGCCCUGUCCCACAUGUAUACCCUGAGGCUCCAUCGUCGGGAGGCUGGAAGCAAGGUUUUAAAGUGCAGCUAAUGCGCAAAGACUUUGGUUUGGCGGUGGAUAUGGCGAAGCGUGUAGGGUCACGAAACGUUUUAGGGGACGUUGGUUUACAGACAUACGAUGGUGCUGCCAAUGAUCCGCGUUGUAGGGACUUGGAUUCACGUGUAGUGUAUCGCUACCUUGGUGGGCAGGAAGACUGGCAAACCGAGACGAAUGACGCAUAAGCAGAUAUUGGUCGUAUACAUCCUCUCCAAUCUCAGCAUAGUUGGAUCGCGAUUCGCUGUUUG